AUGAGGAAAUAUCAAUUAAUGGGACGCAAGAAGGUUGUCCUGAGAACAAGAGGAUCCGUUGACUAUGCGAGAUAUCACUUACUAUCAUUACCGUACGAAAUACUCUUGCAAAUACUAGAUCAAAUCAAAGACGAUAUCAGGGCAUUGUUGAAUCUUUCAUUGUCUUGUUUCAAACUUAAUACCAUUAUUAAUAAAACCUACUUAUAUAAGAACCUCACUUUCAAAAAUCCUUAUCAAUUUUCAAAGUUUAGCCAGUAUCAUUUGCCUAUAGUUAAAUCUUCAUUUUCGAGAAAAUUAGGUCUGGAUGAAUCCAGUUCCAAGAUAAAUUAUAUUCAGUCCGUACAUUUGAUAAAUCCACCUCCUAAGGAUUCUUCGAAUUAUAAAACCAGCAUAGCUGGAUCUUACGGAGUUGAAACAAAUCAUCGUACAGAUAAUCAACUAAACUACUCUCACUUUAUUCAAUCAUUUAUUUCCUUAUUGAAUGAAGCUUUUGGUCUUAAAACAAUUCAAAUAAGUGAAAUUUCUCCUCAUUUCACUUUCCCCGAUGAAAUCACUAAUAAUGAUCAUAAUUACCUAACCCGUCAUAUCAAAAGACCCAAACCGAAAAGAGUUCUUCCUAAUUUGAUUCUCAAGGGCCAAACGGGAUGGACUUUACCUUUUAAAGUGUCUCAUAUAUCGUCAAUUAUUAACAUUUAUGACACUAUCGAAAACCUAUCCUUGUAUAAUUUUGUUAUCAAUGAAUCCAAACUAAUCGAAUACUCAAUCCAAAAACCUAUAAGCAUAAUUACACUUACCCUCAAUGCAUGCUUAUUUCUAGACUCUUCUUCUAAAAAGCAAAACUGCAAAAGAAUCGCCCCUGAUGUUUUCUCGCAAACCAGUUGUUUGCAACUCUUCAACAUUCAAACAGUUCAAGAUUUAUCAGCUAUAGAUUUUGUGAAAUUGAAUUCAAAGCUACUAUGUAUUGUCAUUGAUUUUGACUCAAAAAUCUUUUUUGAAUUCAACUCUCAAGAUAAGCAUUUCAAUUUUUCAAGAUAUAAUAACUUCUUCAAAUUAAUUUGUUCAGGACAAGGUGGUUACUCUACUUUGCAAGAAAUUGUUUUACUAAAUUUUGAUUUAUUCGACUGCUAUGGACAUAUUCAUAACAUACGUGAACCAACUCUUGAUGAACAAGACGAUAAUUGGAUUGAAACGCCUACAGACAAAUUCCAUCAGUUACUAUCCCAUCUUUCCCGAACCAAAAAUUUAACUAUAAUCUUAAAAGAAACGGAAUCGGUGGUACAUAAAUGUGUCAAGUGCGGUUUUACUACAGGUGAUCGUGAUGAUCCAUUCUCCGAUGUUAAAACUAUAGGGACUUUAAAUCGGACAGAGUGGUCAAUUCUACUAGACCCUUUGUUAUCAGGGAAUAAAAAAUGUAAUGUGAAAAUUUUAGACCAUUCAUUGAAUUCAGUAUACACAAGACUUAGUGAUCAAUGA